GGGAGCGCUCAUAACCUCACUCAGAGUCGGCGUGUGUUUGUCAACUUUGGAAGCACGUGUCUGCGCUUUGCCACGGAAAAUGGGAGAUUUUGAAAUGGCAUCACCCGUGAAGAAGGAGAAGAAGAAGAAGCGAAUAAAGGAGGAGCCAUUGGAGGAGAAUCUGGGGGAGCUCCAGCGCACGGGCAACUUCCAGAUUGCCCCGUCACAGAAGGUGCCCACGCUGGACACAUCCAAGUGGCCGCUGUUGCUGAAGAACUUCGAUCAUCUCAACGUGAGGACGAAUCACUACACACCACUGCCAUUUGGAGCGUCGCCGCUCAAUCGGGAGAUCCGGGACUACGUCAGCUCGGGCUUCAUCAAUGUCGACAAGCCGUCGAAUCCCAGCUCGCACGAAGUGGUGGCGUGGUUGAAGCGGAUUCUGAAGGUGCAGAAGACAGGACACUCGGGCACAUUGGAUCCCAAAGUCACGGGAUGCCUGAUUGUGUGCAUUGACCGGGCGACGCGGCUCGUGAAGUCGCAGCAGAGCGCCGGGAAGGAGUAUGUGGCGGUGUUCAAGCUGCACGCCGCCGUGGAGUCGCUGCAGAAGGUACAUCAGGGACUGGAGAAGCUGCGUGGGGCGCUUUUCCAGCGACCGCCGCUCAUUUCGGCCGUGAAGCGUCAGCUGCGCGUGAGAUCCGUGUACGAGAGCAAACUCUUGGACUUCGACAUGAGCAGGAAUCUCGGUGUCUUUUGGGUUAGCUGCGAGGCGGGCUCCUACAUCCGCACCAUGUGCGUCCAUCUGGGGCUCAUGCUGGGCGUCGGCGGCCACAUGAUCGAGCUGCGACGAGUGCGCUCGGGCAUCCAGUCGGAGAAGCAGUCAAUGGUGACCAUGCACGACGUCCUGGACGCUCAGUACAUGUACGAUCAUCACAAGGAUGAAUCGCUGCUUCGGAGAGUCAUUCACCCACUCGAGGGACUCCUCGUGGGGCACAAGAGGAUCUUCAUGAAAGACAGUUCCAUAAAUGCCGUUUGCUAUGGUGCCAAAAUCAUGCUUCCGGGCGUUUUGCGAUACGAGGACGGCAUUGAGCUGAACCAGGAGAUUGUCAUCUGCUCGACAAAGGGCGAGGCCAUCGCCCUGGCCAUUGCCCUCAUGACCACAGCCACCAUGGCGAGCUGCGAUCACGGCGUGUGCGCCAAGAUCAAGCGCGUGAUCAUGGAAAGGGACGUGUACCCCAGAAAGUGGGGCCUGGGCCCCAAGGCGUCCGCCAAGAAGGCUCUUGUGGCGGCCGGGAAGCUGGACAAGUACGGGCGUCCGAAUGAGAACACACCCAAGGAAUUCCUCACGAGUUACGUGGACUACAGCGCACGCCAGGAGCCCUCGAGCUCAAAUGGGGCGGAGAAGAGGAAGCUGAGCCUGGGCAGCAAUGUGUCCACAGCUGAGGCGGACACAACACUGGAGACCAGCCAGACAGAGCUGAGUGAGAAGAAGAAGAAAAAGAAGAAGAAGCACGACGAGGAGGCGCCACAGGAAGUGCCGCAGACUCCGGAGGAGGGCAAGGAGAAGAAGAAGAAGAAAAAGAAAGACAAGGAGAAACAGGAGGAGGCGUGAAUGCAAUGGGAGAAUGUCUUCAGGGAAAUGAGAGAGUUGAAUACAAUAUUGAAUAUACACUUGA